UUCACUAUGAUGCAAGGGCUCCCACUCAUCAUUUUGUCCAUUUGGCUGUACCAAGCCAGAGCUGACUCCUUUAAUGUUGGUAUCAUUUAUGGACAUGAAGCCAAGCCUCAUUCAAGACCUUAUAUGGCAUCACUGCAGCACAGUGGAAGACAUUUCUGUGGAGGGUUCCUGAUUGCAAACCAGUGGGUGAUGACAGCGGGACAUUGUCAUGCGGGUAUUUCAAGCACAGAUGUAAUAUUAGGAGCUCACAACAUUCGAGAGGAAGAGCCAUCCCAACAGAAGUUCCAUAUACUGACCAAGUAUCGUCAUCCACAAUAUAACGUGAUUGGAGGUAUUCCAUAUAACGAUAUAAUGCUCCUCAAGCUGAGUGGGACUCCUAACUUCACUAAGGAGGUGCAAAUUAUUGCAUUACCAAAGGAGGAUCAUGACAUCCCUGUUAACACCACUUGUGAAGUUGCCGGCUGGGGAAAAACAGAGAAAAGGCGCUCAUCCAAAGUCCUAAUGGAAGUAGCUGUGCCUGUUAUUAGCAACAAGACCUGUAUGAAGUAUUUCCCUACUCUGAAUAAUACUAUGGUGUGUGCCAAUGCACCUCCAUCAAAGAAGGAUGCCAGUAAGGGAGAUUCUGGUGGACCUCUGGUGUGCAAUAACGUGGCAGAGGGCAUAGUUUCAUUUGGUACAGAUCAGCCACCUGGAGUUUAUGCGCAAAUCUCUAGAUUUCUACCUUGGAUUUCUAGCAUUAUAGAUUGUGAUAAUGCUUAUCAAAUGAAGAAGAAACUUAUAAAUAAAUAUUCCUUACUCUAGUGUUUUAUGGUUAAAGUUAAACAGAAUGCAUUUAAUGUCAGGGACUUGACUUCCUGUUUGUAUGUAAAUAUAUAUUGAGUAGUGAUAAUUUCAGCUAACCAAGGCUUACUUUCCUAAAUUUUAUUCUGUGGUACAUUCCUUCUUAAAAGUUUAAAUUAGUUUAAAAUUCUAAGUAAGCAUUCUGUUUAUAUUUUCUUUCUUUAAUGCUAGUCUGUAUUAUAAUGUGUUAUAAUUUUAAAUAAUGUAUGUUUAACAAUUUCACAAUAAAAAAAUAAAUUAUCAAAAACUAGUAAAUGUAGAUUUGUAGACAAUGGCUGAUAUUUCUGUAUGCAACUUCUCAUUUUUCCUAGCUUGCACUAGCCAACUUAUACUACAUUUGCUUUAAUUCUAAGACAAUAUUAUUAUACAUAGCUUCUAAACUGCAGCAUAAAUUGUUUUUGUCCAACCUCAUGUCUAAAAAGGGACAUCCUGAACAGCCAAGCUACCUGAUAAAUAACUU